AAUAAUGUAAAACGGAGAAAGAGAAGAGGAGGAAAAUGGAAUAAUUCCAAAUUCAUUGGUCAAGCAAUCGCAUAUUUGAUUCAACUCUCUGUUGUAGUCUUAGAAUUUGCCAGACCUUUUGUGUUGAUUAGCUUGCGGGAUAACUUCCAUGGAAAAGCCGGAAGACCAUGAGAUUCACAACUGUGAGAUCAAGCUGCGAGUGAAUCCUCAGAAGAGAAAAGAGAAGGUGCAUAUCGGGUGUGGAGCUGGGUUUGGGGGUGACAGGCCGCUGGCAGCUCUAAAGUUGCUCGAGAGAGUUGAAGAGCUGAACUAUCUUGUACUCGAAUGCUUAGCGGAGAGGACGCUGGCGGAUCGUUACCAGGUUAUGCUGUCUGGUGGCGAUGGUUAUGAUUCUCGUAUUUCAGAAUGGAUGCAUUUGCUUUUGCCGGUGGCUUUGGACAGAGGAGUUUGUAUAAUUACCAACAUGGGUGCAAUGGAUCCACCCGGCGCCCAAGAGAAGGUGUUAGAGAUAGCCAGUAGCCUGGGGCUUAAUAUUUCCAUUGCUGUAGCUCAUGAGGUGUCUUUAAGAAAAUCAGGUCCAGAAUCAUCACCUUGUAGGCCACAUAUCAUGGAAGGUGGUAUUAGCACAUAUCUGGGAGCAGCUCCAAUUGUUGAAUGCCUGGAGAUGUACGAACCAGAUGUGAUAAUUACUUCGCGGAUUGCAGAUGCAGCCUUAUUCUUAGCACCGAUGGUUUAUGAACUUGGUUGGAAUUGGGAUGACUUUGAUCACCUCGCACAGGGAACUCUCGCUGGCCACCUUCUAGAGUGGUGUCAACUUACUGGUGGAUACUUCAUGCACCCAGGGGACAAGUAUCGAGGCUUGUCUUUCCCAAGUCUCCUUGAUUUAUCACUUCCAUAUGCAGAAAUUAGUUUUGAUGGGAAAGUCCUUGUAGCAAAGGUUGAAGGUAGUGGUGGAGUUUUAAAUUUAAGUACUUGUGCUCAACAACUUCUUUAUGAGAUUGGGGAUCCUGGUGCAUAUGUCACCCCUGAUGUGGUAAUUGAUCUUCAGGAUGUUACAUUCCAUCCUUUAUCAAACUGUAAAGUUCUUUGUGCUGGAGCAAAGCCAUCUGUUAAACCAGUGCCUGAAAGACUCUUGCAGUUGGUUCCCAAGGAUUGCGGAUGGAAAGGAUGGGGAGAAAUAUCAUACGGAGGAUAUGAAUGUGUUCAACGUGCUAAGGCUGCUGAAUUUCUGGUUAGGUCAUGGGUGGAAGAAAUGGUUCCUGGUCUUAGCUCCCGCAUAGUUUCUUAUGUGAUUGGGCUUGAUAGUCUGAAGGCAACCAGCAUUGGCAGCAAUACAUUGAUGAGGAGUGCUUGUGAAGAUAUUAGAUUACGGAUGGAUGGGCUUUUUGAGCUGAAGGAACAUGCAGUGCAGUUUACUCAACAGUUCACAGCUUUAUAUACCAAUGGACCAGCAGCUGGUGGCGGUAUAAGCACUGGAUACAAGAAAGAGAUUGUCCUAGAGAAACAAUUGGUCAGGCGGGAAAGCAUUUUCUGGCAAGCCAGAGUAAAGCACACUAAGACAUUGAAAUCAAAUAAUCAAGAACUUCGCAUUAAAGCUAAUACGGGAAAGACAUCUGCUCUGAGUGAAGCUGCAUCAUCAUUGAGUUCACAAACUAAUGUGGACUCUUCUUGCACAGGUUUCUCCUCAGAACCUCACCUUUCUCCUGCUCCAUCUGGCCAGAAGAUUCCACUCUAUGCUGUUGCUCAUAGUAGGGCUGGAGACAAAGGAAAUGACUUGAAUUUUUCCAUAAUCCCACAUUUCCCUCCAGACAUCGAAAGAUUAAAGUUGAUCAUCACUCCGCAGUGGGUAAAGGGUGUUGUCUCAUCUCUUGGAAGUAUCUCCUCAUUUUCCGACCAAAGUGCUGUUGAUAUGAGAGAUAAAUUGGUGAACGAAAACCUCAAGGUUGAAAUUUAUGAAGUUCAGGGAAUUCAUUCGCUGAAUGUUGUUGUAAGGAACAUUCUAGAUGGUGGUGUCAACUGCUCAAGAAGGAUUGACAGGCAUGGAAAGACCAUCUCGGAUCUCAUAUUGUGCCAACAAGUUUUGCUGCCUUAAUUAUAUCUUGCCAUUAUGAUAUUGAUCAUACCAGUUGUAUGCAGCUUGACAAUAUGAACAGGUAUGUGUUCCCUAUUUUGGUAUUCUUUACAUUAUGCUGACAUUGUACCUUUUUUUUGGGUGCAAAAAUUGGAUCGAGGUCAGAGACAUUAAAUAAUUGUAAUGCAAAUUCAUUGUAAUUGCAUAGAAUAAAUUUACUAUAAUUGAGUUUUUCUUUUUCA